AAAAUCCUCCAUGUAAACCUCUGGUUAAACUACCCCUUCCAAAUCCCCUCCUAUUUAUUCCACCUCUGAUUACCACUCCCAACUCAUAACUUUCUCAUUUCAAUCAUGGUGAAGAUUUACAGAGCCUGCACUAUCUUGCUCAGGCUCAUGGCCAUGGCCGCCGUCAUCACCGCCGCUGUCGUCAUGGCCACCAGCCGCGAGACCACCACUUACUUCAACCUCACCCUCAAGGCUGACUUCACCCAAACUCCUUCCUUCAAGUUCUUCCUCGUUGCAAAUUGCAUCGCCGCUCUUUACAGCAUCUUCGCUCUAUUCGCUCCCUCAGCUGGUCUCGUGUCAAGAUGGGUUAUCGUGUUUGAUGUGACAAUUGCUAUGCUUCUGACGUCGGCGAUGGCGGCGGCGUUGGCGAUUGCUCAGGUGGGGAAGAAAGGGAACGUACACGCGGGAUGGCUGCCGAUAUGCGAUCAGGUCCCUAAGUAUUGCAACCAUGUCAUGGGCGCCCUAAUAAGCGGUUUCGUUGGCCUUCUGUUCUACACCUUAAUUGUUUUCUACACCAUCAGUACCGAGCUCAACCCUCUUCUUCCAGGGAGCAAAUGAAGCUCGGGUGGUGGGUGUGGUCAUGGCCUUUUGCAUCCUUUUUUGCUCAAUAGAUCAAUUUUAUAAAAUUGUCGUCUUGAUGCUAAUAAAAAAUUUAAAUUAGUUUAAGUCUUAUAUAUUUGGGGGUAUAUGUGGUUAGGGGUGAGGCGUUGAUGUGCAAUUUUGUAUAUUAUGAUGGAUUAGAGGUAAUAUUGAUCUAAAGAUGUUAUGUGCCAUGAAUUAUUGGUUUGGUGAACAAAAUUACCUACUUAAUCGGCGAUGAUGCAUAAUUUUAUUAAUU